GGCGAGCGUCGCGACGCCACGCGAGGCAAGCCUUUUUCGUGCCUCUCGGCCAAGCACCAUCCCACGAGAAUGCGGGGGCGUUCUGACGAGAGCAUAUAUUCGACGUCGCGACGCUCCCGAGGCACAGACGCCACUCCAACUCUGUCCCGUGCACGAGAAAUAAAAUCGAAGAAGAAACAAAAUGUGUGACGACGAAGUAGCAGCCCUUGUUGUCGACAAUGGCUCCGGUAUGUGCAAGGCCGGUUUCGCCGGAGACGACGCUCCCCGCGCCGUCUUCCCCUCGAUCGUUGGUCGCCCCAGACAUCAGGGUGUGAUGGUCGGUAUGGGUCAAAAGGACAGCUACGUCGGUGACGAGGCCCAAAGCAAAAGAGGUAUCCUCACCCUGAAAUACCCGAUCGAGCACGGUAUCAUCACCAACUGGGAUGAUAUGGAGAAGAUCUGGCAUCACACCUUCUACAACGAAUUGCGUGUAGCCCCUGAGGAACACCCAGUCCUUCUCACCGAGGCCCCCUUGAACCCUAAGGCUAAUCGUGAAAAGAUGACCCAGAUCAUGUUCGAAACCUUCAACAGCCCAGCCAUGUACGUGGCCAUCCAGGCCGUACUGUCCCUGUACGCCUCCGGUCGUACCACCGGUAUCGUCUUGGACUCUGGUGACGGUGUCUCCCACACCGUACCCAUCUACGAAGGUUACGCCCUUCCUCAUGCCAUCCUCCGUCUGGACUUGGCCGGUCGCGAUUUGACCGACUACCUCAUGAAGAUCCUAACCGAGAGAGGCUACAGCUUCACCACCACGGCUGAGCGAGAAAUCGUUCGUGACAUCAAGGAAAAACUUUGCUAUGUCGCCCUGGACUUCGAACAGGAAAUGGCCACCGCCGCCGCCAGUACUUCCCUCGAGAAGAGCUACGAAUUGCCUGAUGGACAGGUCAUCACCAUCGGUAACGAGAGGUUCCGUUGCCCCGAAGCUCUCUUCCAACCUUCCUUCUUGGGUAUGGAAUCCUGCGGCAUCCACGAGACCGUGUACAACUCCAUCAUGAAGUGCGACGUCGACAUCCGUAAGGAUCUGUACGCCAACAAUGUACUCUCCGGUGGUACCACCAUGUACCCUGGUAUUGCCGACCGUAUGCAGAAGGAAAUCACUGCCCUCGCUCCAUCGACCAUCAAGAUCAAGAUCAUCGCUCCCCCCGAGAGGAAAUACUCCGUAUGGAUCGGUGGUUCCAUCCUGGCUUCCCUGUCCACCUUCCAACAGAUGUGGAUCUCCAAACAGGAGUACGACGAGUCCGGCCCAGGCAUCGUUCACCGCAAGUGCUUCUAAGCAGUUAUGCUCGAUUCAAAUUAUUAUUUCUAUCAAUAUUGUUAUUGCUACACCUUUUUCCCAAAAUGCACCGUUCACUGCCGUA